AUGGUGAAGACCUCAGUCAAGGCUGGCCUUGGCAAGGGUCUUGGCCACGGUGAGAACCUCAAGAGCGCAAGACCUCAGCCACGGCGAAGAAGACCCCCAAGCUCCCCACGAGGAACCUGCGACCACAUCAAGAACCUCGGCCACGGCAAGCGCCGCAAGGCCACCAUAAAAGACCUCGGCUACCAUGCACAACCCGGGCCGGGGGGUCACGGCGCCCACCCGGGGCCAGGCCCCGCGCUGUCACCGACCCCCCCUCCUCUGCCCCCGCCGCGGCGGGUCCUGCCCGUCCCGUGGGACCGGCACGGGGCCGGUGCUCCGGAGCCGGUGCGGCCGCGCUGCCCCUCGCCCCUGCGGCCGCCACCCGGCCCCGAGCGCACCUCGGAGCGGGAGACGCAGACGGCUGAGCUGUCCCUGACCGUGGUGGCGGCCGUGCAGGCCGUGGAGAGGAAGGUGGACUCCCACUCCACCCGCCUGCUCGACCUGGAGGGUCGCACGGGGAUGGCCGAGAAGAAGCUGAUCGACUGCGAGAAGACGGCGGCGGAGCUGGGGAACCAGCUGGAGAGCAAGUGUGCGGCGCUGGGCACCCUCAUCCAGGAGUACGGGCUGCUCCAGAGGCGCCUGGAGAACAUGGAGAACCUGCUCAAGAACAGGAACUUCUGGAUCCUGCGGCUGCCCCCGGGCAGGAAGGGGGAAGUCCCCAAGGUGCCGGUGACAUUCGACGACGUGUCCGUCUACUUCAACGACAAGGAAUGGGAGAAGCUGGAGGAGUGGCAGAAGGAGCUGUACAAGAACGUGAUGAAGGGGAACUACGAGUCGCUGAUCUCCCUGGACUAUGCAAUUUCCAAACCUGGGGUUUUGUCUCAGAUCGAGCAAGGAGAGGAAUCGCGGGGCAGGAACGAGCAGGACUUGGAGGAGAGUGAGAUCAUCACUGAUGCCACAGCAGCUGGAAUAAGGGUGGUGAUCAAAACGGAGGAGCUCCUUCCCGAGGACAGCCCUGAGAACCCCGAGCUGCACGGGAUGUCGGGGCAGUCGGAGGGGAGCUUCCAGAGCCCGGACGAGGAGGCGGCUUGUGAGAGCCCCUACGGCUCCGUGUCCCCUCCCAGGGACCUCCCGGGAACCAGCCUGGGGGACUCGUCCGAGUACGGAGCCGACUUCAACGAGAUCCAGAGGGUCAUCGUUCACCACGGGAGCUGCACAGAGGACGGGAUCGUGAUCAAGACGGAGGAGGAGGAGGAGGACGACCCCGACCCGCUGGAGCCGUGCGCCAUGUUCUCGGGCAGGGCCGAGCCGCCGGCGUUCCCCAGCCACGAGGCCGGGCUGGGCUGCGAGGCGCAGUGCAGCUCCAAGGCCCAGCCCAGGGGCCUGGCAGCCCGCGUGAGGAAGCCGUCGGCCUGCGAGAGGGACCCCGGGGAGAUGAAGGCGGCCAGCGCCCAGCAGCGGAACCGGACGCGGGAGAGACCCUACAUCUGCCCCGAGUGCGGCAAGAGCUUCAUGCUCAAGAUCAACUUCAUGAUCCACCAGCGCAACCACCUCAAGGAAGGGCCCUACGAGUGCCACGAGUGCGACCUCAGCUUCCGCAACAAGCAGCAGUUCCUGCUGCACCAGCGCAGCCACACGCGCCGCGGCGUGGGGGUCCCGCGGCGCCCCGAGCACGGCCUCAAGCCCCCGGCGCGGCCCCCGCCCCCGGGGAAGCCCUACAAGUGCUCCGAGUGCGAGAGCAGCUUCAGCCACAAGUCGAGCCUCAGCAAGCACCAGAUCACCCACGUCGGGGAGCGGCCCUUCACCUGCGGCGAGUGCCGGAGGAGCUUCCGCCUGCAGAUCAGCCUCCUCAUGCACCAGAGGAUCCACGCCGGCAAGAACGAGAUGGCCUUCCUGUGCCCCCAGUGCGGGAAGAACUUCACCCGGCCCUCCCACCUGCUGCGGCACCAGCGGACUCACACCGGCGAGCGGCCCUACCAGUGCAGCCAGUGCGAGAAGACCUUCAGCGAGAAGUCCAAGCUGACCAACCAUUACCGCAUCCACACGCGGGAGCGCCCGCACGCCUGCGCCGUCUGCGGGAAGGGCUUCAUCCGCAAGCACCACCUCCUGGAGCACCAGCGCAUCCACACGGGCGAGCGGCCCUACCACUGCACCGAGUGCGGCAAGAACUUCACGCAGAAGCAUCACCUCCUGGAGCACCAGCGGGCGCACACCGGCGAGCGGCCCUACCCCUGCACCGAGUGCACCAAGUGCUUCCGCUACAAGCAGUCCCUCAAGUACCACCUGAGGACGCACAUGGGAGAGUGAGGGGCUGCCAACGAAGGCUUCCUCCCCCUCCUCUCCCUCCCUCCACCCCUCCUCCUCCUCCUCCUCCUCCUUCUCCUCCACUCAUCUCUCCCGCCCUCCCUCCAUCCAUCUCCCCCCCACCCCAGCUCAGGGCAUGGACAUCAAGGAAGCUUUGUGUGGUAGCGCCGCUGGUCUGGUGGAGACUGGGCUGAUUGGAAAUAAAUUAAUGAAUUAAAGCAAGCAACGCGCGGCAAAAUUAAAAGAUUAAAUAUAUAUAUAAAAUUAACAGAAGCAGCUGAUUUAGGGGGAAUCCUCACCACCAACAAAAGAAACCUGUACAGGGUGUUUUGCCGGAGUAGGACUCGUAACUGCUUUUUAAAAUCUACUGUUUGGUUUUUUUAAAUAAAUGUGGAGGAACUUUUUAACUGAUAAGCAACCUUAGGAUGGGCAAGAUUUUCUGAGGGGUUGUUUUUUGUUUUGUUUUUUUUGUUAAAUGCUCUGUAGGCUGAUUCUGGCACAGUCACUUUUUGUCCAGGAGCUCUGCAGAGGUGCUGCCUCGUCCCAGCUUUUCCGGGCUGGACGCGACAGCCGCUCGGCAGCGCGUGGUUACAGAAGCUCCGGCCGGGGGGAGGUGAGUAAUUAACAGAUCCAGCUAACGAGGAGGUUCUGCGUGUGUCUAGAUUGGAAGCGCCGGUAGGUGCCUGCCCGGCUCGCGGGGCUGUGAUGCACUCCUGAAUUAUACAAUAGAAUAAAAUUCUAGUUGCAGUAAAA